CCAAUAUCAGUCGUUGUAGGUGGCAGCACAGCGUCACGUGAAUUUUCAUGGCGUUGAAGGGCUAGUCCCGAAUUGUCUUGUGAUUUCACCAAAUUAUUUGCUGUUUCGAAUAUUUAGUGUUAAACAGCAUUAAUUUAUAAGUUCCAGUGGUGAAAAUGUCUGAAUACUGGGUAAUUAGUGCCCCUGGGGACAAGACCUGCCAGCAGACCUGGGACACCCUGAACAAUGCCACAAAGUCGGGCAGCCUCAGUGUCAACUACAAAUUUCCAAUCCCUGAUUUGAAGGUGGGGACAUUGGAUCAGUUGGUCGGGCUGUCCGAUGACUUGGGUAAGCUUGACACCUUUGUCGAGAGUGUUACCAGAAAGGUCGCUCAGUACCUCGGUGAGGUACUUGAAGACCAACGCGAUAAGCUCCAUGAGAAUCUUAUGGCGAAUAACAGUGACCUACCAUCUUACAUUACCCGUUUCCAAUGGGACAUGGCCAAAUACCCCAUCAAGCAGAGCCUUCGUAACAUCGCCGAUAUCAUCAGCAAACAGGUUGGUCAGAUCGACGCGGACCUGAAAGUGAAAUCCGCCGCUUACAACGCACUCAAGGGCAACCUACAGAACUUGGAGAAGAAACAAACCGGCAGUUUGUUGACCCGCAACCUGGCGGACCUCGUGAAGAAGGAGCACUUCAUCCUCGACAGCGAGUACCUCACCACACUACUGGUCAUCGUGCCCAAGUCUCUGUUCAUCGACUGGAACGUGCACUACGAGAAGAUCACCGACAUGAUAGUGCCGCGCUCAUCGCAGCUCAUCUCCCAGGACAACGACUUCGGACUCUUCACUGUCACGCUCUUCAAGAAGGUUGUGGAAGAGUUCAAGCUGCACGCCCGCGAGCGCAAGUUCGUGGUCCGCGACUUCCACUACAACGAGCAGGACCUCGCCGCCGGCAAGAACGAGAUCACCAAGCUCGUCACCGACAAGAAGAAGCAGUUCGGUCCAUUGGUGAGAUGGUUGAAAGUGAACUUCUCCGAGUGCUUCUGCGCCUGGAUUCACGUCAAGGCUCUGCGUGUCUUCGUCGAAUCUGUUCUGAGAUACGGGCUGCCGGUGAACUUCCAGGCGGUGGUGCUGGUGCCGUCGCGCAAGAGCAUGAAGAAGCUGCGCGACGUGCUGCAGGCGCUGUACGCGCACCUCGACCACUCCGCCCACAACGCGCACGCCACCAGCGCCGCCGACAACGCUGAGCUGGCCGGCCUCGGGUUCGGUUCGUCCGACUACUACCCGUACGUGUUCUACAAAGUGAACAUCGACAUGAUCGAGAAGGCUUAGUCCGCGCGGCGCCGACGCAGCACGUUAUAUUAGGUAAUGUUACCAGGUUGUUUAUCCUGCGUGUUCGACCAUCCAUAUUGGUCACAAUAGCAUGAAGUUUCAUCGUACAAUUUAUUUUACUUUAUAGAACAUAUCUAACCCCAGUUAUAUCGGCCCUUGAAAAAAAAUGCAUAUUUUUCUAUAUGUACAGUUUUUUGAAAUCAUUUUUUUUUUGUGAAUGAAAUCAUAAUUUUUCUUUAUACAAUGCAGGUUGUUGGUAUAGAUGUGUGUAAUUUAUAUAAUAUGUUAUUUAUGAGUAAGAUGCCAUUUUAAAUUGAGAUAAAAAAAAAACUAUAAAUUGUUGCAAUAAUCAGUAUAAAGCUUGGCUUGACAUCGUUGGACGUUAUGCGUUGUUAAUUUAAGUUCAGUAUUACGUCAGUUGCGUAGGUUAACGCAUACAAUGUAUAUUUAACGUAAAUAACAACAUGCAAAGCUAUGUAAAUAAGAACAUUCCUCAUACAUGUGUGUAGUACAUAAUAAAAUAUUAUUCAAGUUACUGUU